ACUUAUUGUGUGUUCAGAAGUUUACGUGUUAUGUGUGCUGUGAAAAUGACCCGCACUAAGGCGACUGCUCGGUUCUCGAACUUCGGUGAGGUGACAAGCGAAAAGCCCACCUACAGGGCCGCACGUAAAAGUGUGCCGCCCGACGUUCGAUCAUUUUGGGCCGCACAAUACGAAGCGCGUAUGUCUGCGCCUCCGUCACCAACCACUGCUCCAAAGCAGUCCGAAGUUCCAGCCAAACAUCCACCAACCCAGGAAAUGGUGGACGCUGCGAUUAAAAACUUGAACGAACGUGGAGGCUCGUCAUUUCUGGCGAUUAAGAAGUAUAUUACAGCCGAAUACAAAUGCGAUGCCCAGAAGCGGGCGCCAUUUAUUAAAAAGUACUUAAAGGCAGCCGUCGCCAAUGGAAAGCUAAUCCAAACAACAGGCACAGGUGCAAUUGGUUCGUUCAAAAUUGCCGGGUCUGUGGAGAAAAAAGAGAAAGGUAAGAAGCCGGCGGCGGCAGCCAAGAAGACGCCAAGCCCCAAAGCAACAGCCAAAGCCGGUGACAAGAAGCCAAAUGCAAAAAUAUCAGACGCUGCUAAGAAGACCGCAAGGCGGGGAUGAUGAAGAUUGAGAAGACAAGGAAAGCAAAGUUCCAGUCGAGCCCCAGCCCCCUGCAAAGACAACGGCACAGCUCCAAGCAACAAUUGCAGCGCCCAGCGUCUGCCAAGUCAAAGAAGGCAACGAAAAAGAGCUGCCUGCGCUCGCCAAUGUAAAGGAGAAGAGAAGCCAAAAGCAAAGACGACCAAACCGAAACUGUGAACGAAACGUGGUCGUGGACGAAAUAUUAGAUGCGUAGUGCAUCUGCAAUUGACUUAAGUCCUUUUAAGGGCUACUAA